CAGAAAGCGUCGCUGUUACAUAGAGCAGCCAAACACCGCCAUCUUGCGUUCCUAUUGUCAACUUCCUUCAAUCGUAUUCAGUAAAUGCAGUACGGUAAUUUUGUGUUGUGACGAAGGCAAGAAUUGAAAUACUAACUAGUGUUUGUACUUUUAUUGUAGUUGAAAUGGGGCAUCAAUAACCUGUAAUAAUAAGAUCCAAUCUGUAGACACUAUGUCCGACGUAAAGCAAGUGAAAGUUGACAACUGGGGAAUAUAUUUCCUCCAGAGAUUAAAACAUUUUUUUAAUCGCACCGAUUAUUGCGAUCUCACACUUCAAUUCCAAGAUAAUGCCCAGCUAAAAGUACACAGACUUGUACUUAAUGCAUGUACAGAGUAUUUCGAGCUCCUUGAGAGAACAUGUGAAAUGUAUGAAGAUUGUCUAGUGAUGCCUGACGACUUGCAAGCUGAUGUUGUUGUUCCUAUUGUAAACUUCAUGUACACAGGCCAACUAGAAUUCAAGAUGGAUACAUUAGAAAAAAUGUAUCAAACAUCAAUAAUUAUGAAUAUGCCUGUAUUAUCUAAAUUACUUGAAGCUCACAGAAUACAUCCUGUGAAAGCUUCAUCCCAAAGUUAUGGUGGUAUUAAACGAAGCUCUAAACCUAACAGUUUUAAUAAACAAACAUACCAACCAUCUCAUUCAACAUCUUCAAACAAACGCUCGUAUAGUAAAGCUUUUGAGAAUACUGCAAGUACUACCUACAAAGAGAAGAAAAAAGUUCUCUCAAGUAAACCUGAACAUCUAAACUUAACAAGUAUUGCAAGUGCUUCUUCAUCUAUCAUACAAGAAAGCACAAGUCCUAAGAAAAAUAUGUUAGCAGAUUCUCGACCUACCAGAUAUGAAUUGCCAGAAGAAUUAGACACCGAUAACAUUUUUGAAAACUCAUUUUCCAAUAUAUCAUAUACUUCUAAACCUUUAAUGGUACAUCCAGAAACUACUAAGCGAUAUCCAGCAAAAAAAGGUGGUUUAUUCUGUGAUCCAAUGGAUUCAAAAAGAUCUAGUAAUAAAACAUCAACUUUGGAUAUAGUUGAAUGCAAAAAAAUUAUUAAAACUGACAUAUUUGAUGAUGAUAACAUGGGAGAGGAAAUUGAUGAUACUGAUAUAUUUUCAUCAAACUAUUCAAAGGCUGAAUUGCGUAAAGAUACAAAUCAACUAUUCGAUCAGAUUUUAGACAACAGAGAUGGUCCAAAAGUAACUAUAGAAUCAAAAGAUAAUAAACAAGUAAAUAACAUUGAUCAUGCUAAAAUCAUUAGUGAAGUACUAAAGAAAUAUCCACACUUAAUGAAUAGUAAUAAGAAUAUUAAAUUAAAGAUACUUAAUACACCAAAUAAAAAUAAAAAAUCCAAAAGCAAUGAAGAAAAGGAGGUAAAAACAAAACUUGAAACUCCAGAUUAUACCUAUGAGACAGAUGUUUUAGACUCAAAGGAAGCAGCAAAAUUAAUUGCUAUGGGGGCUGAAAAUAUUAAAGGUCCAUGGAUAUGUCUCAUAUGUGGGACCCCAGGAAGGGCUUUACAUUUUCCUUCAUAUUACAAAUUCCGUAGACAUUUAGUCAAUGUGCACAAUGAAAAACCUGUGUCAACAAUAUGUGAACAUUGUGGCUUUAAGUCAUAUAAAAGAAAUUACAUGUUACACCAUAUGUAUACUAAGCAUGAUAUCACACCACCACCACAGGUCAACUUCCCUAAGUGUAAUCUAUGCAAUUAUGUUGCCUUAACUGAAGGGUUUCUUGUAAAACAUAGAUUAAAUCAUACAGAAGGUAAGAAUUUCAGAUGCAAUGUCUGCAGCACAUCUUUCGGCAGUGUCAGUCAGUUCAUGGCACACAUGCAGAAAACAGGUCAUACAUGUAGUGCAGACAAAAAAUCUAAUUUGCAGUGUAUUUACUGCCUUAAAAUAUUCUUAAGAGAAGCUAACUUGUAUACUCAUCUAAAAACCCAUCAUAAACAAGCUGCAAAGAGAGAUGGUAUUGUUGAAGAUUCUGAUGAUGACAAGCCUAUAGAGGAAACGCCAAAGUUAAAUCAUGGAUAUGUUAAAUCUGAGUCUUAUAACAAUAAUGAAUCUGAAGAAAUUGAUGUCCAAUUUCAAAUUCCACAAAGACUAGAUCGAAAUGUAAAUGUUAUGUCUAAAAAACCAAGAGUACAAUCAGCACAAAUUCAAAAGCAGAAAAUUUUGAAUGCUAGUUUUAGUACACCUGCUCUUAAAAUAUCACAAACUCAGAAACCAAAAAUUGUUCGACAUCAUUCCACCCUUCAUGAAUAUAAUCAAGAUAGUGCUCAAUUGCCUCAAAAUGUUUUAAAUGAAGAAAACAUAGUUGUAAUUGAUAACACUGAAUAUAUUAUGAGAGAUAAUCAACUGAUACCCAGAAAAACUAAAACGGGAGAAAGUGAAUAUAUAAUAUCUGAUAUUAUAGACACAGAUGCUAAUCAUACUAUAGAUGCAAUAACACCGUCAACGUCGGUACAAUAUGCUGACUUACAAAAUACUGAAAACGUACAACAACCUAAAAUGAUGUUGAAGAAAUCAAACAUAAGUCAACCUAUACAAAUUGUUGUUUCAAAUAAAGAGGAAUACAAAGCCCUUAUGUCUUCCAAUCAUUCAAUAAUAUUUGAUAAUAGUGAUGCAAAUAAAACAUUUUCAGUGCUCGCUGCACCACAUAGUGCAACAUUGGAUACUACAGCCAUAGAUUUGGACAGCACUCAAUCAAAUGAUAUGAUGAUCAUUCAAGAUGAGUAUCCACUUAAUGUAUCUGAAGCCGUUGUGACAGAUAACUCAAAUAUUGUUGUUGUAUAUAGUCACCAAGUGAGACAUGUUGAUGAUCCUGAUAAACAGUAUCAAAUAAUAUCUUCUCAAGAUAUUGGAACACAAUAUGUUCAAUCAUCAACAAUGAUAUCACAAAAUUAUGAAACUGUUACAACAUCUACUCCGGUAAUGAGUGCACAUGUUAUUGAUACACAAGUAGUAGAAUCUUGGCAAAACAAUAGUGAACAAAAUAUACAUAAUGAGCAGAUUCAUAUAACUCAAGAAGCACCAUUACAAACGAUUAUUCAAGCUAACUCUGAAGCAAUAAAAAAUGAAACAAAUACCACCUUUAUAGAACUUCCUGAAGUUCAGUUAGUACCAACAUCAAAAGAAAUGCCUGCUGAAUUAAAUGAAAUACAUACUGCUCUAUCUCAUCCUAAUAUCAUCGAUAUUCAAAAUAUUGUCCAAAAAGAUAAUACAGAGACAAUACAAGAAAUGGUCAUAAAAGAAAUACAAAAUCCAACCCCGUCAGAAAAUAACCCAUCUGAAACCAUCUCUGAAAAAGAAACAAGUAUAGCUACAACAAUCGACAGUUCACCAAAGGCGGCAGUGGAAUCUGAAAACGUUUCUCUAAUAGAACAAAAUUUUAAUAUUGUCGAAAAUUAUCCUGACAAUAUCAAUGAACAAACUAAACCACAAGUAGAGCAGUCUAUCGAAAAUGGUUCAACUCUCACGCAUGCUACGAAUGUUGUUGUACAGGUAAUGAACAGCCCAACUGAACCUAGUAAUAUUGCAGAAAUAAUACCUAUAAAUCCAGAAAAUCCUACUUCAAAUAUAGCGAAAGCACAAAUUCAAAAUUUAACAUCUGAAUGGUCUGAAGAUGAAUAUGAGGCAACAACGCAAGAUUCGAGUGCAGUCAACGAAAAUGAUACUAAACCAAUAACAGAUAAUACAAUAUCUGAAGAAAACCCAGCAGAACUCGAAGAAUCUAUUGAAAAUAUUCAACAGGAAAUGAAAAAACAAAUGGCAGAAGCUACUGAAGCAGAUGCCACUGAAUUAGUGAAUUCAUCACAAGAAAUGGUCCAAAGCAGUGCAAGUCCUUCAUCACACGAUGACACAACACAUGCACACACUAAUGUGGAACUGUCGCCAAAUAUAAAUAAUGCUGAAGGAGGCCAAGAAAAACUGACAUCACUUUUAAAUGAUUGGGAAGACAAUGAUUCCCAAGAGGAAAAUAAUACCCCAAAUACCAAUGAAUGUGAACAAGAAAAUAAAUGUGAACAAAACAUUGCAUGUGAACAAGGCAAUGAAUGUGAGCAAGAAAAUGAACAUGCACAAGAAAAUGGUAAUGAAACUUUGUUAGAAAACAAUAUUACAGCUGAAAUUAUUCCAGACUUAAACCCAGAAGCAAGUGAUAAUUCUAUUGAAAGAGAAGAUUCAAAUAAAAAUCAUAACAUAAAGAACUUGGUAAGUGACUGGGAUGAUGAUGAAGAAGAAAAUAAAGAUUAAAUAUCAGUUUCAUGCAUAUUUUAACAAUGUGAAAUUACGUUGUGUAGUAUUUAAUACAGUUUGUCUAUAUAAAGUAGAACCUAAGAUUUAACUAAAAGGCCUUAUUAAUGAAAAUCAUUUAGUUAUAACGAAAUUAAUUCAUUAAUGAGUUCAUAUUUUAAUAAUUAAUUGAAAAUACAUACUUACGGAAGUUAGGGGUCUAAUAAUGUUGAUAUGUAUAAAAGAUUGAUAAUUUUAAUUGACAUCACAUUAGUAUUUAUCAAUAGAAACUAAUUUGAUAAUAUGGAAUAUAAGACUACCAUUUAUUAAUUGUAAGAGUAUACAGAAAAUGUAUCAAUAUACAUUAUAUAAAUGUAAAAAGUGUGUAACGAACUAGAAACAUCACAAUACACAUCUAAUAUAUUCUUUUAUUUAAUUUAUAUAUUUACUUUUCAACAAUUUAAAAAUGACAUUUCAAAUAUGUGUACUACUGUGUAGUAUAAUUUCAUUAAAGAUAAUUAGAUACUAUAUCUAUAUUCAAUGCCAAGUCCCUAAUGGAAUUGGCAGGGAUAAUUAAUUUGAUAUUAUAUAAUAUUUUGGAAAUUUUGUUAUUGUAAGUAUAAUAAAAACCUACAAGCACAUAAGAAUCUGGAUCAUAACAUUAAAUAGAAUUAUAUUAAUUUAAAAAAUUGUCAUUUUUCAUAUAUUUAUUUUUUAAAUAUUUAAUACUAUAUAUAUAUAUAUAUAUAUAUAUAUAUAUAUAUAUAUAUAUAUAUAUAUAUAUAUAUAUAUAUAUAUAUAUAUACAGUGGACACUCUAUAUAAGCAAUAUUCUUUAUAUUUUAUUUAUUCUACUUAGCUUAGUAAAAGAAAUAAGUAAAAAUAUUUUCUGAAUGGUAAGUAUUUUUAUACUCCUUUUUUUUCCCCAUAGCAGCUUUUCCCAAUAAGAAACUUUUUUAUUGAAUUUGGUUUAAAUGAGCUGCUGUCAUGUCGUAUAGGGAGGUCAAGGAUAUGGCCUGGGAUAGAACUGGCUGGAAGAUGCAUGAAUUAGUUGCACUAACAAGAGGAAACUGUUAAAUGAAAAGAGAGAGCUGCUUAUAUAGAGCAUUCACUGUAUAUCGUUUGCUAAAUUAUAUUGUAAUAAGUCAUAAAGUCGAUUUUGAUUUGAAAUGUAAUUGCGAAGUUUAUAAAAUAGAUUACGUGACAUAGACCCUAUGAAAUAUCAAUAGGUGCAUAUGAUUUAAACUCUUAGAUUGGUGUAGGAUUUUAGGAUAUAUUAUGUAGGAUAUUAGGUAUGCUUAUGCUUUUAUUAUUGGUGAUUUAGUAUAAUAUUAUUAUGACUUGAAAAAUGUAAAUAAAUAAUUAAAAAACAA